UCUUCUCUGAUGAUGCAUGCCCCUUCUGUAGCAAUGACAUCUCUUCUGUUCAAGUUCAAUAGCUGCUAGGGAAGAUGGAUGCCGCGGUUGAAGAUACAACGUUGCAUACUCUUUCAAAAGGAACUGAAGUUCCAAUGGAUUCUCUGAUCCCAGAGCUAAGGGUUCCAUAUGAUUGCUCUAUGGCGAAGAAGAGGAGAGCUGAAGAGCAGACAUUGGGAGUGCCAGUUAACAAGAGGAAAUCUCUGUUAAUGAAACCCCGGCACUACAGCCCAGACAUGGACUGCAAGGAAACCCCAGACAACAGAAAUGAGGAUGAUGCCCUUCUAGAAACAAAUGACCAUGCCACUGCAGAUGGAAUUAUGGUAAAAUCUAUGGAUGAAACUCUUCAUUUACCUGCACAAGACAGCUCACUCGAGAAGAAAGACCAAUACACAUGUUAUCCAGAGCUCACGCUCAAAUCUUUGAUGCACUUAGGCAAAUUUGAAGAAAGUGAUUCUGUGAAGACCACAGGUGAGAACUUAAAUGGCAGCAGCAUCCAGUCUUUAAAAGCAGAGAGUGAUGAAGCACAUGAAUGUUUUAUGGUUCAUUCUGACAGUAGAAAAGACAAAGUCCACCAUUCCCAGCCACCUUUCUGCUCUUCUGGUGACAGUGAAAGUGACUCUGACAGUGCAGAGAAUGGGUGGGGCAGUGGCUCCAACUCAUCAGAAGGCACUGACACUCACAAAGGCCCCAAACGUAAGCUGACAUACAAGAGAAAGGACCUGUUGGAAGUUCCUGAGAUAAAAGCUGAAGAUGACAAGUUCAUCCCUUGUGAGAAGAGGUGUGAUUCAGACACAGAUGGGAGAGACCCACAGAACUCUCACAUGGAACCCUUGGCUGUGCAAGCCCAGCCUUCCUUCCCAGAGGUUGAGGAGGGUGAGAGUCUGGCCACAGUAACAGAAGAACCUGCUGAGGUGGAGAAAGCAAAGGGGAACCUGAGUUUGCUGGAACAGGCUAUCACUCUACAGGCUGACCGAGGUUCUGUCUUCCAUCACACUUACGAGGAGCUGGAUCGACUUUUCCUGGACCACCUGGCAAGGGAACGGAGGCAAGCCAGGGUUACUGAUGCCAAUGGAAGACAAAUCUUUAAUAAUAAACAUUCACCAAGACCUGAAAGGAGGGAGGCCAAGUGCCCCAUUCCUGGCUGUGACGGCACGGGGCACGUAACAGGGCUCUACCCUCACCACCGCAGCCUUUCCGGGUGCCCGCACAAAGUGAGAGUUCCUCUGGAAAUUCUCGCCAUGCAUGAGAAUGUGCUCAAGUGUCCCACUCCAGGAUGCACAGGAAGGGGACAUGUGAACAGCAAUCGCAACACUCACAGAAGUCUUUCUGGUUGUCCGAUUGCUGCAGCUGAAAAGUUGGCAAUGACCCAGGACAAAAGCCAACUUGAUACUUCUCAAACUGGGCAGUGUCCUGAGCAGGCACACAGGGUGAAUUUGGUGAAGCAAAUUGAAUUUAAUUUCCGCUCACAUGCCAUCACUUCUCCAAGAGCCUCUGCAUCAAGAGAACAAGAGAAGUUUGGGAAAGUACCGUUUGAUUAUGCCAGUUUUGAUGCACAAGUAUUUGGGAAACGGCCUCUCCUACAAACAGGGCAAGGACAAAAAGCACCACCAUUUCCUGAAUCAAAGCAUUUUUCAAAUCCAGUGAAAUUUCCUAAUGGACUGCCUAGUGCUGGCGCCCACACACAGAGCACAGUCCGUGCCAGUUCUUAUGGCCAUGGUCAGUACAGUGAAGACACCCACAUAGCAGCAGCUGCUGCCAUCCUGAACCUUUCCACCCGCUGCAGGGAAGCCACAGACAUCCUCUCCAACAAACCACAAAGCCUGCGUGCCAAGGGAGCUGAGAUAGAAGUGGAUGAAAACGGCACAUUGGACUUAAGCAUGAAAAAAAAUCGAAUCCAUGACCAGUCUAUACCCCCAACUUCCUCACCCACUACAAUUACAACCCCAUCCUCGUCCCCAUUCAACACAAGCAGCCUUCUGGUCAAUGCUGCCUUCUGUCAGGCUCUCUGUGGUCCAGAAGGCUGGAAUGUGCCCAUCAACUAUAGCAAAUCCCAUGGAAAGACAGAGGAGGAGAAAGAGAAAGAGCCUGUGAACUCCCUAGAAAAUUUAGAGGAAAAAAAGUUUGCUGGAGAGGCCUCUAUCCCAAGUCCAAAGCCCAAGCUGCAUACAAGAGAUCUCAAGAAAGAAUUAAUCACCUGCCCAACACCAGGAUGUGAUGGAAGCGGCCACGUCACAGGCAACUAUGCAUCUCACCGCAGUGUCUCUGGAUGUCCCCUGGCAGACAAGACUCUGAAGUCCCUCAUGGCUGCCAACUCUCAAGAGCUUAAGUGUCCAACCCCAGGUUGUGAUGGUUCUGGUCAUGUGACUGGAAACUAUGCCUCCCACAGAAGUUUGUCUGGUUGCCCUCGUGCAAGGAAAGGUGGCAUCAAAAUGACCCCAACAAAGGAAGAAAAAGAAGACUCUGAACUUAGAUGUCCUGUAAUGGGGUGUGACGGCCAAGGCCACAUAUCAGGUAAAUAUACGUCACACCGCACAGCUUCUGGCUGUCCUCUGGCUGCCAAAAGACAGAAAGAGAAUCCUCUCAAUGGGGCACCUCUCUCCUGGAAACUGAACAAGCAAGAACUUCCCCACUGUCCUCUGCCAGGGUGCAAUGGCCUGGGUCAUGUAAACAACGUUUUUGUCACCCACCGAAGCUUAUCUGGAUGCCCUCUUAAUGCACAAGCUAUCAAAAAAGUCAAGGUCUCUGAGGAACUAAUGACUAUCAAGCUCAAAGCAACUGGGGGUAUUGAUGGUGAUGAAGAAAUUAGGCACCUGGAUGAAGAAAUCAAGGAACUGAAUGAAUCCAACAUGAAAAUUGAAGCAGAUAUGAUGAAACUUCAGACCCAGAUCACAUCUAUGGAGAGCAACUUGAAGACCAUAGAAGAGGAGAACAAGCUUAUAGAACAGAGCAAUGAGAGUCUGCUGAAGGAGCUGGCAGGGCUUAGCCAGGCUCUCAUCUCCAGUCUUGCUGACAUCCAGCUUCCACAGAUGGGGCCUAUCAAUGAGCAGAAUUUUGAAGCAUAUGUAAAUACUCUCACAGACAUGUACAGCAAUCUGGAACGGGACUAUUCCCCAGAAUGCAAAGCUCUACUGGAAAGCAUCAAGCAGGCGGUGAAGGGAAUCCAUGUGUAGAACGACAGUAUGCAGGAAACAGAGGUCACUGUGGCCAUGAACUCCCACAAAUCUGCAGGGGUCUAAUACCCCUGGAGCCUGGAGGCUGUCCCUUGUGUUAAUAAUUGCAACAUUGCACUAAUUUUUCCCCAGCUGACAUAAAAAGGAAAGAAAAACUAUGAUAAACUCUUUGGAUUAAAAGCAAUGCAGUCAAUUAUUAGAUCUCAUUUAUUUUCAUAUCUUU